AACCACAGAGCUGGGUUUCUGCUGCUCCGUGCUGGGCUAGGGGGAGUGGGUUCUCCGGGGUUGGUGCAGAAAGGUGAGCGAACUCCUUUGUGUGGAUUGGCGGGGCCAGCGCCUGCCAGCCCCUUCCUCACACGCGUAACCUCCCACAAGGGAGUCCCCCGGGCUCCCACGGGAGGGCAGCUUUGCUUCGGGUGCAUGGGUAAUGCAAAGUGAGCUGGAAGGCUUAGCUACCUCCCGUUCCAGCACUGACAAGCAGCUCGACAGCACCACGCUGCAAAUAAAAUCCCAGCUCCCGAAAACCUAAGGACAAAGGCCUGGAAUGUGAAGCGUCCUCGGCACCAAACUCCCGUUGAUUUCAGGAGCGGAGUCCACGUGGGCAAGUCGGGCAGGGUUGGCUGAGCCCCGGCGCGUCCCGCUGAAGGCCCGUCCCGCGCCCUGCGAUGGACUCCAUGUUCGAGGAUGACAUCACCAUCCUCACGCAGGAGGCCCUGUGCCAGGAUGAGGGCUGGCUGGACAGCCCCGCCCCCUCCUCCCCUGAUGGGCGGGGAGAGGCCCGAUCUCCCUGCAAACAGCCUCCCUUUCCCGCUUUCCAGCUGCAGAAGAGCAAAGAGCGGGAAGAGCAGCUGGACGAGAUGAUCCGGGCGUACGAGAAGCUGUGCGUGGAGAAGGCCGACCUGGAGUCGGAGCUGGGGGAGAUGGUAGCCCUGGUGGAGACGCAUCUGACUCGGAUCCGGAACCUGGAGCAGCAGCUGAGACAGCGAGACGGCAACUCCUUCCAGAACCUCAGCUCCCAGCUGCAGAACCAGGAGGUCCAAUACCUGUCGCUCCAUGGCAGCCCCGGCCUGACGCACGGUGAGUCUUUUGAUUCUGCCUGGGUAGAGGGGUGGCCUUCCCCAGCCGGGAUUCUGUGCAGCGCACGCUCCAUGGGCUGGCAGAGCCCCCGCAGCCUGGAGCAGCCGGGCGAGCUGGAGGUGCGCCGGCUGGAGGCGGAGCUGGACGAGACCCGGCACGAAGCCCAGAGCUGGCAGCGCCGCGAGGAGCAGCUCAAGGCCGAGUGCGAGAGGCUGCAGUCUGAGCUGAAGCAGCUGCAGGAGACACGGGCGCAGGACCUGGCGACCAGUCAGUCCGAGCGGGACAUGGCCUGGGUGAAGAAAGUCGGCGAUGACCAUUACCUCCUGGUGUCAGCGAGGCCCGACGAGGAGUUUUUCCGUGGAACAAGGGAUGGAGAAGAGAGUAACAGCCAAUCGCGGAGGGGUCUGGGGGGUGGUAAGUGCUGGAAUUCCUGCUCCCACGCCCCCUCCUGCCUCACCCAGGGAGCCCACCCUGCGUUCUCACGUGGCACACGUGUGUUAGUGAUCGGGGAGGGGGCAUCCCCAACCGGGCACGUGCCGCCGUUACUCCAGCUCCUGGUGUUCACUGGGGCCAGCUGGGAAGGGUUUGUGCAUUGUGACGCCUGGUGCUCCUGGGGCGCAUUUCACACCAUAACAAGCAUUAAUUACGCAACCCUGGGGGUGAACCUGGCGCUGGCCUACACCGAGCUGACGGAGGAGCUAUGCCGGCUGCGCAGCCUCAGCUCCCUGCAGAGCCAGAUCCUCCGCACGCUGCUGCAAGAGCAGGCCCUCAACGGCGGUGAGCAUCGCGCCCGGGUGAACCUGGCGCUGGCCUACACCGAGCUGACGGAGGAGCUAUGCCGGCUGCGCAGCCUCAGCUCCCUGCAGAGCCAGAUCCUCCGCACGCUGCUGCAAGAGCAGGCCCUCAACGGCGCUUCCGCCCCUCCGCAGCUGCUGAUGGAGACGGUAGAUUCCGACAUCCGGAGCUGCCCUCUCUGCCAGCUGGCGUUCCCCAUCGGCUACCCGGACGAUGCUUUGAUCAAGCACAUCGAUUCGCACCUGGAGAACAGUAAGAUCUGAGCCGCCUUCCUCUCUCCUCGGCCUGACUUCCUCACAGCCCUGGCCCCCUUUGGAUGCUGCAUGAAACCGCGGGGAACCACCCGGCUCCCCAGAUACCUCCGACUCUUCAGUAGCUGCAGGAAAGACUGAACUGUAAGAGACUCGCCUCGUCCUCGUCCCUCGGUUCCAAGUGGGUUUCUUCCCCCCCCACGGAGGAAUGGUCGGAUCUGCAAACCCGGGGAUGCUUGUACCAGCCGGAGGAACCCAGCCCGGGGGCAGGGGGAGGCAGGACGGUCGACUGGGGCUUCUUACAGGGGGUGUCGCCUGCCUUUUACUGCUGCUUCCUUUCCAGCGCUCGCUGUGCCAUUUGGUUUCUCCGAACGAUCUCAGGGAGGUUGAUUGCAGGUGGAUCCCCCCCCCGUCCCGCCCCGACACACACGCCCCGAACGCUGCUUCGGGGAGCGGCACCGCGUGUCCAUGUCCCCGGCACGUUUGAGUCUCUCUCUGCUGCCCGGCGGUUUCCCUCUUGGUCACGCUCGGUCCCCGAGUGCUUCCCAACCAACCUGCCUUGGCCUCUGGCUGCUGGCCCCAACGUCGCCCCAGCCUUUUACAUGAACGCCUUCCCCCCGCCCCGUUUUCUGAGUGACACUGCUGAGAAAGGAAACCCACUUUCCAGGGCGUAGCAUGGACACCCUCUAGCAUUGCACUGACCUUACCGGGGGCCACACGCGGGGCUCCUCGAAAGUCAGGGGCCGCUUUUGGUCCUUGGCCCCGGCAGCAGCGCUGCGCCCCCGGCAUGUUUCUGUCCUCAUUCGUGUGUCGUCUCCUCCUCCAUCCCGCCACCUUGCGUGGAGCCGCUCGCUCCCGUGGACCCGGAAGAAUCCGUGUCCCACGCCGUGGUCCCGCCCUCCCCUUGCCCACAGUCCUGGGACGGCCCAUGGCGCCCCCAUGACGGCACAAUGUGAAUCCCGCAGCGGCCACCUCUCUCUCCCCGGCCUUCCCGAGCAUCUUCGCCUCCGACGGAUCUCCGACAAGCCCGUGCGGGCUGGCUCCGUCGCCCUCUCUCCCGCCCCACGGCGCCCGCCCUGGCUCAGCAGAACGCCGUGGAGUGUGUCCAAAGUGCCCGCGCAGCGAAGAUGCUUUGGAAAAUGCCCCCCUUCCCUAGCAGGACCCAGAGAUGGGUUUUGCCUGGGGCAAACCGCCCCCCGCCUCCCGUUCUUUCGUCUUUCGCCGGGGUGUUGGCGAACUGGGCAGCGAGGCCCAUGCUUCCCUGGGCAGGGAGAGGCGAGAUGGGAACCGCUUUUGCUGCUGGCGGCGGGUGGGCUGGGAGGUAGCGUCCGCCUCUGCUGGAGCUGGCACCGACAGUUCACAGGGAGCGACUGGACCCCUGGCGUUUCUAGGGGGGUUCAGGCGCAGAAUUCGGAUCCCCCUCUCGGAUUGUGCAGGAGGGAGGGGUAAAUUGGUUUGUGGUGGGGGAGGUUUCUCCGGGGAAUCCCAAGCGCCUUGGCUGAGGGAACGCUCAGAAGGGAAGUGAAUGUGAAUUAAAGUCCCGUGUAAACGUAAAGUGCACUAGCUCCCGAUUCGCCCCCGGGGCGGACCGUUUUCUUCCACAACAAGAUUUCCUCGCGCCUGGUGAG